AUGAAAGACAACGACGAGGAUGCGGGCAGGGGCUUGCUUUCAGAGCAGAUUGAUCAGUACGGAGCUUUGUCGAGAUCAAGGUCCAGGUCUAGACGACGAUCAGGAGAAGAAGAUGAUGAUGCUGCCUUAGCUCUGUUUAGAGAUGAACAGGAAUUGCAUGAACUUAUCGACCCUGAGAAGGAGGGAAAAUUGGUUAGAAAGAUUGAUCUCAUGAUCUUGCCAUAUUUAGCAAUUUGCUAUUGCUUCUUUUACAUCGAUAAAACAACUUUAUCCUAUGCGGCUUUGUUCGGCAUUGGGGAAGACUUGGACCUUCAUGGGAAUCAGUAUAACUGGCUGUCCGCUGUUUUCUAUAUCGGUUUUCUAAUGUGGGCAUUCCCUACGAACUUCCUUUUGCAGAGGUUACCGGUUGGAAAAUAUUUAGGCAUAAACAUCUUCAUGUGGGGGUUUUUCUUGAUGUGGCAGGCAGCUUGCAAAAACUUUGAGAGUCUGGCAGCGCUACGAAUUCUGGGAGGUGCCGCAGAAGCUUGUGCAGAUCCUGCCUUUAUGCUGAUAACUUCAAUGUGGUACACUCGGAGACAGCAACCCAUUCGCAUUGGGCUCUGGUACUCAGCAAAUGGACUUGGAAUUGCUGGAGGUGGGCUGUUAGGGUAUUCAAUUGGUCACAUCAAGGGCGCUCUUCCGUCUUGGAAAUACGAGUUUCUUAUUAUUGGCGCGCUCUGUUCAAUUUGGGGAGUAGUGAUGUUCGUCCUCCUUCCUGACUCGCCUGUCACCGCGAAAUUUCUGUCGGGGGAGGAGCGGAAACUGGCAGUCGAACGUCUUAGAGCAGAUCAGACAGGGAUCGAAAACAAAACGUUGAAACCAUAUCAAGUAUUGGAGGCAUUCAAGGACUAUAAGACGUAUUUCUUUUUCGCUUUGGCGACUGUAGCAAAUAUUCCAAAUGGAGGGAUAAGUAAUUUCGGGACAUUAAUUAUUAAAGGGUUCGAGUUCUCGACCUUGGUCACAACACUUCUACAGAUCCCUUACGGCGUCGUCAUAUCAGUCUCAAUUCUAUCUUGUGUCUAUAUCAAUGAUCGUCUCCCCCCAAACAGCCGCUGCAAAAUGGUAGCUUUAUUCAUGAUCCCCAACAUCAUAGGCUCAUUUGGGCUAUUUUUUGUUCCUCUAGAUUACCAUGUUUCUCGGCUGAUGUGUUAUUAUAUGACCGGCCCUUACAAUGCGGCGUUUGUGCUAAUAUUAUCACUGCAAAUUGGAAAUGUUGCCGGUCACACCAAGAAGGUUGUUUCCAACGCCGUCACCUUUCUGGGAUACUGUUUCGGCAAUCUCAUUGGGCCUUUCUUCUACAAAAGCAGUCAAAGUCCUACGUACCCACUUGGAAUCGCCACUAUGAUUAUCUGCAAUAUUGCGGAAGUCGUAAUUAUCUUGAUGCUUGGGAUUCUAUUGGCAAGAGAGAAUAAGAAGAGAGAUGAGUUGCAAAAGGGAGUGGAGAGGGACCUGGAUUCGACCGCAUUUUCAGACAUGACUGAUAGAGAGAACAUUAACUUUAGAUAUGUAUAUUGA